AAAACAUCGUCCUGCACAAACAGACUUUAUUCCUCCCGCUCGCUGCUGGGAGGUGGUGCUGGUGGUCUGGGUGUGUGUAGCUCCGCCAAGAGGAGACAUUUUGUGGAGAGAGAGAAAGCAGAUUCACACAGACUGUCGGCCCGGGGUUGGACGGACCUGCCAACUUUCGGUUUCUUCACGAACAACGCACAUUUAGCGACUAUUGAACGGUUCACCGCGGUUAAUUAGGAGCCUCGUUUUAUGAUUAACCCGUCACUGUCCUCUACUUGAUCGUUAGCCGGAUACAUUUAAUCGGAUUGGCGUUCAGUCCGAUAGUUUAGCUUAGCUUAGUUUACUGUCCGCAUUGCUUGGCUAGCGAACGAGAAGCUAAGCUAGCCGGCACAGCAGAGCAGCUCUCCGGCCAACACUCCCCCGAACUAUCGCCAACCACACAAACACAGAAUGGCGUUGAAACGAAUUCACAAGGAGCUGACUGAUCUGGGUCGGGACCCUCCAGCACAGUGUUCUGCAGGACCAGUGGGUGAUGACUUGUUUCAUUGGCAAGCAACAAUUAUGGGACCUAACGACAGUCCGUAUCAAGGGGGUGUGUUUUUCUUGACCAUUCAUUUUCCUACAGACUACCCUUUCAAACCACCUAAGGUUGCAUUCACCACAAGAAUUUAUCACCCAAAUAUUAACAGUAAUGGCAGCAUCUGUCUGGAUAUUCUAAGAUCACAGUGGUCACCAGCAUUAACUAUUUCUAAAGUUCUCUUGUCCAUCUGCUCCCUGUUAUGUGAUCCCAACCCAGAUGACCCGCUAGUGCCAGAGAUAGCUCGCAUAUAUAAAACAGACAAUGAAAAGUACAACAGAAUAGCUCGGGAAUGGACUCAAAAGUAUGCCAUGUGAUACCCGAAGAAAUGUCACCCCAACAAAUCUGCAUUAUAGCUGGAAAAAACAUCAAUAACUGGGUAUCCCUUUUUCCCCCCCUUUCAGUGAGUUGGCACUUCUCCCUGUCCCUGACCAAACUAGUUUUUUGCUCAGUUGUUUUCUGUCCCUUUUCAAAUUUUCACGUGCUGCAAAGAAGGGGGAUGUCAUAGCGAGAUCACGUUUUAUUCAUCGUUAGAAGAAGCCCUUGGGUCUGAACUAUGAAGCAUGUAUUAAACUCAAGGACCCCAGCCACUUUGUAUUGAGGUUUAAAAAAUAAUAAAUAAAUAAAGCAAAUAAAUAGAGUAUCAACUGCUUUUAACUCACGCCACAUACUGGAGGUGCUAUCAAGAAAAUAAAAAAAUAAAGAAAUACAAAGAACGGUGGUCCUUCGUGAGCGAUCUGUUGCUGGGUUGGCCUUCACAUUUUUUAUAAGCUUUUACGAUAGCAAUGAUACAGUCUGUGAAAAAAUAAUACUCUUGCUUAUAACUGACUGUUUCUAUGGGCAGAAUUAGUCCCAUGAGUACAUCAGCAGUUAUGAAGAAUAUAAGAUCUAUUUUAUGCAUGUUCAUAGGAAAAUAACAGUAAAUCGGUGGUCUGCUGAAAAUGGCUAUUUGCCGACAGUGUUAAGCAAACACACGUGUCCACUUAACGGAGUUUGGAAACUUUAUUUUGUUACUCCUUUUUCCUGGCUGUUUUCAUUUUGUUUUUUUUUUUCUGUUGUUUAUAGAACGAGGAGCUAUUAGUUUAUCUGUCUUCCUCCACACUGUUUGCCUGUUGCACUGAAUAUAUGAUUCGAAGCUCUUGAUGGAUGACCGGUCAACUAAUAGCUCUACUAGCUGUUGAUUUUUGUUUUCUCAAUAAAGUUCGUAAAAUUAG